GAAAACAGAGCCUGAGAGGGAGAGAGGGGGCAGAGAGAGGGACAGGCAGAGGGGAGACGAGCAGGAGAGAGAGAGAGAGAGAGAGUGCGUGAGCGCGAGGGUCCGGAUCCCUAUGGGUUGCGCCCUGAGUACGGAGUGCUGCGGGGAGGAACCGGAUCCCGUCCCGGUCCGAGGGUCGCCCAAAAGGCCGAGUCCCGAGAAGGUCGACAGCAAAAUGAGACUGACCAAGCCAGGAAAGGGGGAGCCCCACGCCUUCAAGGAGAAGACCUUUAAGAAAAAGCGGCAGUGCGGAGUCUGCAGACAGAGCAUCGAGAGCCUGGGCUCCUUCUGCAGAGCGUGUAAAACGGCGACCCACAAGAAAUGCGAGAUAAAGGUGACCACCGCCUGCGUUCCUGCCCCCUCCUCUGACCUGCAGCGGCGAGGCACAGCUCCCUCCAGACACAUCCAGCACCUGGGCUCCACCAAGUCUCUGACCUACACCAAGCAGAGGAGCACCCUGCCCAGGAGUUUCAGCGUUGACCGGGUGAUGGACAGAGUGAUGGAGCGCCACUACGACUUUGACCUGACCUACAUCACCGAGAGGAUCAUUUCGGUCUUCUUCCCCCCGCUGCUGGAGGAGCAGCGUUACCGGGCCAACCUCAAGGAAGUGACCGCCAUGCUCAAGUCCAAGCACCAGGAGAAGUUUCUGCUCUUAAACUUGUCCGAGAGACGCCACGACAUCACCCGCCUCAAUCCCAAGGUCCACGAUUUCGGCUGGCCUGACCUCCACGCCCCGCCCCUGGACAAGAUCUGUGCCAUGUGCAAAGCCAUGGAGACCUGGCUGACCUCCGACCCGCAGCAUGUGGUGGUCCUGCACUGCAAGGGGAACAAGGGCAAGACCGGAGUCAUCAUCGCGGCCUACAUGCACUACAGCAAGAUCUCUGCAGGGGCUGACCAGGCUCUCAGCACUCUGGCCAUGAGAAAGUUCUGUGAGGACAAGGUGUCAUCGUCCCUCCAGCCUUCCCAGAACAGGUAUAUCUACUAUUUUGGGGGUCUCCUCUCUGGGGCCAUCAAGAUGAACAGCAGCCCCCUCUUCCUGCACCAGGUCCUCAUCCCCACCCUGCCAAACUUCCAGCCAGACGGAGGUUACUUCCCCUUCCUGAAGAUCUACCAGUCCAUGCAGCUGGUGUACACCUCGGGGAUCUAUGACCUGCAGGGCUCCGGGGGCAGGAGGCUGUGUGUGACCAUCGAACCCGCGCUGCUGCUGAAGGGGGACAUCAUGGUGAAGUGCUAUCACCGGCGAGCCCACGGGGCAGAGAGAGACACAGUGUUCCGGCUGCAGUUUCACACCUGCACCAUCCACGGGGCGCAGCUGUGGUUCGGAAAGGGGGAGCUGGACGAAGCCUGCAGCGAUGACAGAUUUCCCUCCGAUGCUACAGUGGAGUUUGUCUUCUCAUCCGGACCAGAGAAAAUAAAAGGGCGGGAGUACCAGAGGAAUGACCCCGCGGUUACCGUGGACUACAACACCGCUGACCCCGUGGUGCGCUGGGAUUCGUAUGAGAACUUCAACCUGCACCACCAGGACAGCCUGGAAGAUAUCUCCCACACUCGCGGGCCGUUGGACGGCAGUCUGUAUGCGCAGGUGAAGAAGCGCAGGGGUCCGGGCUCCGGCUCCCUCACCUCCACCAACGGGAGCCCGGCGGGCAGCGGGGAGGAGAAGCAGAGCCAGCUGCUGUCCAUCAGCUCCGACUCGGGCCACUCCUCCGCCCCCACCGAGCGGCUGGAGGAGCCGCCGCGGCCCCCGCCCCCCACCCGGCAGGAGAGGGAGGAGCUGGACCGGCUGCUGGGGGGCAUCGAGGGCGACCGGGACGGGGGCCGGGAGAGGGAGCGGGAGACGGCCAUCCUGGACGACGGCGACCCCACGCCGGAGCACUCGGGCACUCUGAGGCUGGGCCGCUCCUGCUCCUGCCGGCUCGGGUACCGCUCCCAGCGCUGCGGCGAGGCCGGCUGCGACCGGCCCCUCCUCCUGCCCAACGGCUACUGCCUGGACAGGGGCGGGCACCCGGCCGGCCCCGCCCCCCCCGGCAGCGCCGCCGCCCCGCCCCACCUGGAGCUGUGCCACUCGCACUCGGCCCUGCCCCCGCCCGACCUCCUGUGGGAGCGGCAGCAGGGCCUCCCGCACUACCCCCACCGGCCCUGCUCCGAGGGCCCCGCCCGCCACCUCUGCCCCUACCCCGCCCAGGACCUGCCCGUCCCGCCCCACGCCCACACCCUGCCCCCUCCCGGCAGGCUGAUCUGCAGGGGCGAGGAGUACCCGCCCUACCACCACUCGCCCCACCCGCACCACGCCCACCCCCACCACUCGCAGCCCUCCAGCCCCUACCGCGACGUGCUGCUGCUGGACGGCAUGGCGCCCCCCGGCUGCCCGUGCCGGGACUGCUGCUGCCGGCGCGAGGAGUCGGCCGCCGCCCUCAGCGCCUUCCACGCGCUGCGGCUGGACAGGGGGGAGGGGCUGCACUGGGAGCGGGAGGCGGAGCUUCACCGGGAGGCGGGGCUGAGGCGGGGCCGGGAGGUGUCGCUGCACUGGGACAGGGAGGCGGAGCUCCAGUGGGAGCGGGAGAGGGAGGCGGAGUACUGGCACCGGCGGGCCGCUGUGUCCCCCUACGGGCCGCGCCACUCCCCCCAGCCGCACGACCUCCCGGCCUUCACCUUCGACCCCCUGCCCUCGGGCCACCCCGCCUACCCGGAGCCCUCCCGCUCCCACUCCCACGCCCAUUCCCACUCGCACCCGGACCUGAAGUACAGCAGCAGCAGCAGCGGCUAUCAGACCCCCCGCCAGGCCUGCCCCUGCUCCCCCUACCAGCCAUCGCCCUCCGAAAGUCGCGGCUACGCCUCGGGAUACCAGUCAGAGUCCACCUCCCCCCUGCCCCCGCCUGUACCCAACUCCACAUCCUGCGCCCAGGGCCCAGGUCCAUCUGACAUCCCCCCUCAGCUCCACCCACAGCAGUACCCUCCUGACAGACAGACAAUGGACGGCUCUGGUUGCGUUGGGGAUGGUUUGCCUUGGCGGGACCACAUUUCCCAGGGGUCCUUGAGGCGAAUACACAGAGAAGCACGUGUCAUUUCCUCCGCUGUCUCUGACCUCUCCGAGCCACCCACCCCUGUUCAUACCAGCAGCCCUUUGCAUGCCCAAGAAAGCCCGGCAGAAACAGAUCUGCGUGUGACGGGCAUGAGCAGUGGCCCCGCCCCUUCCUCUCCCCAGGACCGAGCCUACCCUGGCCCCCAGGAGCCCCCCAGCCCCGCCCAGUGCUCCUCCCAAAGCCAGCAGCCCAGCACUGACCCAGCCCAGGCGAUGGCAGACACCCCCGAUUCACCCGCCUCCCCCACACGGACCGAGCCCCAGAACCACUGCAGCCCCCAGUCCGCCACUGACUGUGCCCCCCCUCCCCCGGCGUCCCCCGCCGAGUCCAGUGUCACCCUGACCACAUCCCAGAGCGCCCCGCCCUCCACCCACAGCCCCACCCCCAGCUCCCCGGGGCCUGGAUCCCUGCAGCUGAACGGCGACACCCCGCCCAGGGAUGGAACACCUGACACCCCCAAAGUGAGCUCCGCCCCCAGUUCUGCCCCCAGCUCCGCCCCCUCCUCCCCGCAGCCUCCGCCCGGCAGCCCUGAGCGGCCCUCCUCCUCGGAGCCGCCCGUGCUGGGCUUCGCCACCAUGGGCCGGAGGCUGAUGCUGGGCGCGGACGGGGCGGGGCACCUGCAGCCCUACCCCGGCGCCGAGGGCAACGGCGGCCAGCACAAGCCCCCGUCGCCUGAGGGCCACUCCACCCCCACCUUCCCCAUUUCCACCAGCUACUACCCUGCCAGCGUCCCGGCCGUGCCCUACACGGGGUACACUGCCGUCACCAUCCCCCCGCCCCAGCCCCCUCUCCCCGAGAAGCGCCGGCAGUCCGCGCUGCCAGGGUCGCCCAACGGGCGCGGCUCCACCCUGAGGCCGGCCACCGGGCCCCCCGGGGCCCAGCACGCGGGCCCCGCCGCCCCUCACCACGUCACCUUCUCCCCCUCCGUGGGGGAGGCGCCGCCCCCCGCGGGGCCACGCGAGGGCUCCCUCCCUCAGGGUGGGGAGGCGCAGAACCGGGUCAGCGUCAAGUUUGUCCAGGACAGCUCGCGGUUCUGGUACAAGCCCGGCAUCUCCAGGGACCAAGCGAUCGCUGUGUUGAAGGAGAAGGAGCCGGGAACUUUCCUGAUCCGGGACAGUAAUUCCUUCCAGGGGGCGUACGGGUUGGCCCUCAAGGUGGCCACCCCCCCACCCAACGUCAACAGCCAUGGUAGCAAAGGGGGCGACCCUCUGGAGCAGCUCGUGCGACACUUCCUGAUCGAGACGGGCCCCCGAGGGGUGAAGAUCAAGGGGUGUCAGAAUGAGCCGCAUUUCGGGAGCCUUUCGGCCCUGGUGUACCAGCACUCCAUCACCCCCAUCUCCCUGCCCUGUGCCCUGCGCAUCCCAGAGAAAGACCUUGUUGGGGACAUCCAGGAGGUGCAGACUGCCAGUAACAUGAGCACUGCUGCAGACCUGCUCAAGCAAGGUGCAGCCUGCAACGUGCUAUACCUGAACUCAGUGGAGACCGAGUCGCUGACCGGACCCCAGGCCAUCUCCAAGGCCACCAGCGCCACCCUGUCCCGGAGCCCCCGUCCCCCUGCCACGGUGGUGCACUUCAAGGUGUCCGCCCAGGGCAUCACGCUCACCGACAGCCAGCACAGAGUGUUUUUCAGGAGACACUACCCGGUCAACAGUGUGACUUUCAGCAGUGUGGACCCCCAGGACAGGAGGUGGACUAACUCUGACAGCACGACAUCCAAGAUGUUCGGCUUUGUGGCGAAGAAACAGGGCAGCAUGUCGGAGAAUGUGUGCCACCUGUUCGCCGAGCUGGACCCCGAGCAGCCGGCCUCCGCCAUCGUCAACUUCAUCAACAAGGUCAUGCUGGGGCCUCAGCGCAGAUAGAGUCCCCCCCCAGGGGACCGGGAAGCGAUCCGACGGGGAUGGGGGAAAGAGUCCAAAACCAUCUGUGAGGGGGUUCCGGGAAGCCCAGGCUGUUCCUUGUAGAGAGUGAUGAAAUCUUAGUUCUUCUUGUUCUCUCUGCCAUCGUGUUAUCUAUGUACCCACAGAAUGGCAAGUAACCUGGUCUUUUAUUAUUAAUUCCACCAUCUGUCCUCUUUUGUAUUCACAAUUUCUGUCAAAGAGGAGCUGCCCGAUAAUCUGAUAUCAGCCAUUAUAUGAACUGACUUACUUCGUGUCAUAUACGGCAUGGCAUCAAGUGAGAUCUGGAGAAGCUUGUUGGGCAGUGUGUUGAUUAGAAAGGACCAUGAAUCAUAAUGUCACUACGCACAGCAUUAAUGACAGUUAUCAGUAAUAUCUGCAGUUUUACCCCAAAGUCCCCACCAUUUCAAUACGCUGACAUUUAUUCUAAACAACACAGAAGUUCUUACUUAGUGUGAAGUAAAAAAAAAAAAACCUUCACUUCAAACUGUGUCUUUCAGGAACAAGACUAGUAACAGGAGACUAUGCUGUCUGAAACACACACACAUACCGAGCGUGUUCAAAGUGUAAUUUCUCAAGUCAUGACAGUACUAUGUCCCUUGUGUAAAAUCAGUUCUGCAUGGGAAGUCCAAAGCAGAUAACGUAAUCGGAGAAGGUCGAGGUGAAUGUACGAGAGCGUGUGGAUGUAUGUGACUCUGAGGAGAGGGAGCGUUCGCAGAUGGGACGGUGAUGUGG